AUGGCCACUGCUGAGCGUGGUGUCCCCUUUCAGAAGGAGGCAAGGAUGGACAUGGAGCCCAAGCCCAAGCCCUUGCAGCCUCACUGGUACGAGAGCCACCUCCAGCCCUGCCUGGCAGAGCUGCUGGGCACUCUGCUCUUCAUCUUCCUGGGCUGCCUCUCGGUGCUGGAGGAUGAGGAGGGCACGGGGAGGUUGCAUCCUGCCCUGGUACACGGGCUGGCCCUGGCAUCCACCAGCACCAUCGUUGCAGACAUCAGUGGAGCCCACUUCAACCCCGCCGUGUCCUUGGCCGUGUGGCUGCUGGGAGGGAUGAACACCACCAUGCUAAUCCCUUACUGGGGCUCCCAGCUCUGCGGGGGGAUGAUAGGAGCCGGCUUGGCAAAGGCAGUGGUGCCGAGCGAGCGCUACCUCAGCACCAAGGGAGGAGCCCCCGGCAGCAUCGCGGGUGAUGGGCAGAUCCCCGGCGCCCUGGUGGGGGAGGUGGUGAUGACCACCACCCUGCUCCUGGUGGUCUGCAUGGGGGGUGUCAACGGCAGGACCAGGACCCCACUGGUGCCUCUGCACAUCGGCUUCGUGGUCACGGCUGCCAUUCUGGCAGGGGGCGGCGUGUCCGGAGCCUGCAUGAACCCUGCCCGAGCCUUCGGGCCAGCUGUGGUGGCGAACUACUGGGAUUACCACUGGGUGUACUGGGUCGGGCCCAUGGUCGCUGCCCUCCUCAGCGGUGCGCUGAUGAGACUCCUGAUGGGUGACCGGACCACCCGCCUGUUCCUGAAGUGA